UUUUAACAGAGGAGCUGUUCUUGGUCGACCCUGUACCGUCGUGCUGCUUGGCGUCACGCUGGUCACGUGACCUGGGAGCGAGAGGGGGCAAGAGUGAGAUGCGCCGCGCCGAGAGGGGCGAGAGUGAGGCAGACGGCUGCGCUGCGCGAAGGGGGGCGAGUGCGGCAGCCAAUGCGCGUUUGCCAAAAGUAGGCCAAUAAAUGAGAAGCUCGGUGGGUCAUAAACAAUAAAAGAAGUCCGUUCUUGCUGCGCAUUCGUUCUUCGAGAAUGGCCAAGACUGCUUAUACUCCCGAGGAAGAAGCUGCCCGACGUGAUCGCCAGCGAAAGCUUGCGCGGGAACGGGCCCGCCGUCGCAGAGCCAACCCCGAAGUCCGCGCAAGAGAAGCCGAAGCUAAACGUCUUCGCCGAGAGGCUAAUCCCGAAGCAUAUGCAAGAGAAGUCGCAGCUCAACGACAACGGAUGCAAGCCGACCCGGAGCUACGAGCUAGAAAGGCGAAAGCUGAACGGCAACGGAUGCAAGCCGACCCGGAGCUGCGAGCUAGAAAGGCAGAAUCUCAAAGGCAGCGCCGAGAGGCCGACCCCGAAGUGCGCGCCAGGGAUGCGGAAACACAUCGCCAGCGCCGGAACAAAGUUCCUGGACUUCGCGAGAGUGAGGCCGCUGAAGGGCGCCACCGGAGGGAGAUUCCUACCGGCGGCGCCGACGGGCGGUUCAAGAUGGAAUUCUUGGAAUGGCAUUUUGGGCAAAGCUGCAAGGUUAUAAAGCUAGAUCUUGCGGAUUGCAGUAGGCACAGGUCAGUGCCUGCAAGCUCCACCGCAGUCAUGCAAGGGGAUGCUGCUACGCAGUGCAACCAGAAAGCAGACAUUGUUUUCAAGUCCACAUGGUGUGAGGAAGCCAUCUCCAAAUCAACACAGACUGAGUUAUUCACUCUGAAGGUCUCCAGGUGGACGCAGUCUGAUGAUCUGGAAGAAAGCUGCUGUGCCUCUCCACUGCUGGAACUGCCACUGCCAAAAAAAGCAGUGCUUCUGUUGCCUAGUAAUUCAAAGAGAACCAACAAUGGAGUGCAGCAAGAUGCAGAAGUUGACAAUAUCACAAAAGAGGACUAUAUACUCGGGAUGGAUGCUGACGCAGCUUUGGGGAAACAUACAGAAAGCUCUCCCAUAGUCAAUGCAGGGUCAGCAGUGAUUGCCUAUGCCUGCACAUUUUGCUCACUGAAGUUCGAGGAGCUGGAGGCCUUAACCUCCCACGUACUGACGUGCCCGUGGCCUGAACCAUUCCAGUGUGUCCUGUGUUCACAGACCUGUGCAGAUUGGACAGCAACGCUGGGUCAUCUCACAUCUCACCUUGACAGCGCCUUGGCGAAGUGCCCAUUUUGCGAGUACAUAUUUGAUGGUAGGAGCUCGACCAUUAUGAGGCACAUGCAACGGCUACACGUACGCGUGAAGGCAUUCAUGUGCAACUUCUGCAGGGCCACGUUUGUCAACAAGCAUGACAUUCUCGCACACAGCCGUCGUAGGUGCCGUGCAAGGAAGCCAUGGGAGUGAGCAGAGAAAGCUUCUAUAAUUGAGAAAAGUAACAUGCUCACUGUAAUGUAGCACAUAAUAGAGAAUUUUAGUGAAGAGGAUGCAAGUUGCACCCAAGUGUUGGGGGACGCAAACCACUGGGUGUACAAAAGAACCUAAAUCAAGCACAAAAGAAUGCGAAGGGCCCACAGUGGUGUUGUGUCCCCCAACGGUUACAUGCGGCUUGUGUCCCCUAACCUAAAGCUCUCUAAUAUAUAUAUAUUAAACAUAUACUUUUAUUAUAA